AUGAUGUUAGAUGAACUAUAUAAAGCAGAACGUGAAGAUAUGGAAAUGAAACUUCAAGCAAAAGAUGAAGUCAUUGAAUCCAAAGACAAAAGCAUACAGAAAAGAAUACCACGUUCAGUACCAAAAGGAAAGGAAAAGAGUUAUAGGUAUAUGAUAUAUACUGAAGAGUUGGAGAAAGAAGAAGAUAAAGAUAUGGUUAUGUUGCAUUUAGUCAGAAGAAACAACAAAAGCUUUUACGACUUAGCUAAAAUAUAUAAAUCUGAUAGAAACUGGUUCUAUCGUGAAAACUUACCGAUUUCAAUGACACCGAAUGAGCAAAUAAAGGAAAUUGUCAAAAAUACUCUUCCUCAAACACACUAUGACAUCAAAGGUUGCACAAUACUUACAUUCAAAGAAGACUUACCAUUACUGAAGGAAAAGAUAACAGAAUAUUUCGACAACUUCAAAGAGGAAGAAUGA